AUCUAUCAUUGCCAAUAGAGAAAAAUAUUUUUAAAAAAUGUCUUCCUGUCUAGAUAUAAAGGUUGUAAAUUCUUGAGCUCUAUUUAGAAAUCAGACAAUAAGCUUGAUCUUAUUUUUAACUACAUGGAAAUUCCCAUUUCAGUUGAAUCUGUCUAUUAAUAGAGUGUUUACCGAUUUCUUCAGCACAAAUUGAUGGAAUAAUUCAUUCGUUUUCGAUAUGAUGAGACUGCGAUCUUACUGGUUCCAUUAGGUUUCAGUUAAGGCCAAGAAUUUUCUAGAAUGCCGAGAGAACGCUGGCUGAAGAUACAGGAUUUGGUCAAAUCAAAUGAUGCUAUUGUGAAAGUAAGGGACAAGCCUAUGGAGUCCUUGAAAAUACAAAGUUCACUAGAAAGUGUAGCACCCACCCAAAAACUCAAGUCUUCCCUUCCACAAAGUGCCUCUACUAAAUCUUCGCUGAAGAAAGGGCUGAUGCAUGCUGCAAAUGCUAUUACAACCGCGACCAUGCAGGAGGCCCGUUUAACGCCGACCCCAUCAUUAAGUCGUCUUGUAGCCCCUACAGUAGACUUGAUGGCAUGUGUAUCCCUUGGACAUUCCAACUUUAAAGUAGAAAGAGAAGUGCUGACUGAUAUAGAAGCUGAGAUCGGAUCUAUUCUGAAGGACAACGUUCCUAAUCCUAACAGCUCUAAGGAACUUCUGAGUACAAUUAUGCAAGCCGUCAAGUCGGCACUGGAGACUCUAUCAAAUCAUUUGGUAGCAGAUAAAUACGCAGAGUGUAUGGUUUGUAAGGGAUGGAACGACAAGCUCGAUAAACCAAUAGUACAGUUUAAGCUGUGUUAUAUCUCCUGUAAUAAUAGUUCAUCCCAGGCCAUCAACAUACCAAAUACUAAAUAUGUCAUCAUCAACUAGAACUCAACACCAGUCUUCCAUGUAGCGAUGUCAACAUAUAUCAUCUUCAACUAGAACUAAACCCCAGUCAUCAACAUAGCCAUGUCUCCAUAUGUCAUCUUUAACUAGAACUCAACCCCAGUCAUAACCAUAGUGAUGUCUCUAUAUGUCAUCUUCAACUAGAACUCAACCCCAGUCAUAACCAUAGUGAUGUCUCCACAUGCCAUCUUCAACUAGAACUCAACCCCAGUCAUAACCAUAGUGAUGUCUCCACAUGCCAUCUUCAACUAGAACUCAACCCCAGUCAUAACCAUAGUGAUGUCUCUAUAUGUCAUCUUCAACUAGAACUCAACCCCAGUCAUAACCAUAGUGAUGUCUCCACAUGUCAUCUUCAACUAGAACUCAACCCCAGUCAUAACCAUAGUGAUGUCUCCACAUGUCAUCUUCAACUAGAACUCAACCCCAGUCAUAACCAUAGUGAUGUCUCUAAAGUCAUCUUCAACUAGAACUCAACCCCAGUCAUAACCAUAGUGAUCUCUCCACAUGUCAUCUUCAACUAGAACUCAACCCCAGUCAUAACCAUAGUGAUGUCUCUAAAGUCAUCUUCAACUAGAACUCAACCCCAGUCAUAACCAUAGUGAUGUCUCCACAUGCCAUCUUCAAUUAGAACUCAACCCCAGUCAUAACCAUAGUGAUGUCUCCACAUGUCAUCUUCAACUAGAACUCAACCCCAGUCAUAACCAUAGUGAUGUCUCCACAUGUCAUCUUCAACUAGAACUCAACCCCAGUCAUAACCAUAGUGAUGUCUCCACAUGCCAUCUUCAAUUAGAACUCAACCCCAGUCAUAACCAUAGUGAUGUCACCACAUGCCACCUUCAACUAGCUCAACCCCUAAGUGCUUACAAGUGAGAACCUGUUUCUUUGUUGGUGUAGAGACUAGAUUUUGUACAUCCCUAAUGAGAAGUUUUAAAUAAUGGUUGUGUGAAGGUACAAGUCUUGUUCACCUUUUCAAGCAUACUUUUUAAUGAUAUGUUAAAUAUUGCUGUUGAUUAUUAUUUCUGUUAUAUAGAGUUUCUUUACUUUUUUUUUCUUGUUUAUAAACAAUAUAUUGUACAUAAAAACUUCCUCAGGCAUCAGUUUUUGUCAUUACAGUAGUUAGUUUUUAUUUGUCGGACAGUAUUUUAUUUCCUCUGGUUUUGGAGAGUGGGGGGGCAUCUCAAGGUUGAGAAACAUCAUUAAGGAAUUUCAUAGUGCUGUCAGUCUAAACAUCAAUCUAUUCUGUCGCUUAGUCAUCUUUGAGUAAGUCAUGGUAGGUUUUUCAAGGAUAAAAUAAAUGGAGCUUUUGGUGUGUUUUAAAACGCUUUUACUUAACUUUAUACUCCGUUACACAAAUGUAUCAAAAAUGUUUGUUUCGCAUGUUUCGAAUGUUCCUUAAAAGUUGAAGAUAUUUACUUCCUAGUCCAAACCUCCCGUAGGACGACGGGGGAUGUGAGCGGGCAUGGUUUGAACCCUGGUCCAUCGAUAAAUCCGAACGAUAGUCCAACGCGCAAACCGCACGACCAGGCAGCGAUCCAGUAGGAUAAACGCGUCGGCUAAGGUCUUCCAGGUAUUGUAACGCAGCAGAAGCACACCGCUUGUGUGUAGUGUGUACUAUGUAGUGUGUGAUUAGACACAUUUGAGAUGUUAGUAAUGUAUCAAACCUGAACUGGUUAUAAAUUAAAUGUUGCCAUUGCCGUUAUUUUGUUAUAAUAUUUGCUGUGCUAUCUAUCCAGGUCUUUAAUUUGUUAUUUAUUUGUAACAUAGUGUCUUACUAUUUGGCCUUGGGACUCGAAGUUCCGUGUAGUCAUAAGGAAAUGCAUUCGACUAGUAUAAGUGAUAUGGUCUAUUGAACGCUGGUGUUGCCCCAUUGUAGGCCUACUAUAUUGAUGUAGAUCCAAUGCGGCCUUUAAAGGAACGGGUUUGUCAGGCUAGUAACUCAGAGCUCUGUGUUAACGGACGCCACACAAACUACAUUCAUGACUAGAUCUACAACUGGUUUAAGAGUUCAGAGUGGGACAUUUUAAAAAUUAAAUUGACUUGUUUCAAUAUA